GAUUGAUAAGGCGGACCUCUCUGGUGCCACACACCGGACCGAGCAGAACUGAUAGACUGAAAAUAGCUUCCUGUACGCUUCAUUGAACCCCACUUGUCACCUACUGACGUCAGACAUUUUGUCCCUAGAGCUGUCAUUUAUAAUGGCGCCAUCGGAUAGAUCAACUUCCGGAUGCCAGUCAAACCCGUCCGUCAAGAUACUUUUUUGGAUAAUUUAAAAAGUUUGAGGAAAUUCGUUUGGAAAAGGAUGAAAACAUUUCCACCUGUGUGAAGUUAUUUGUUUUUUUAAUUCUUAAUUUUCAACUGGAGGAAUUGUGACAUAAGAAAUGCCCAACAGAAGAAAACAAAGUGAACUCAUUUCUGGACAAGGAAUACUGACCUUUUGUUUCUUUUCAAAUUUUAAAAGAGUUAAUGAUUUUUCGCUAUGUUAAAAAAUAGUACUGUUAUGACUUUUUUUGUGUUGUUUUUACUGAAAAUAUUUUUUUCUUUAAAAAAAAAUGGAUACAUUUGCUGAGUUAAGCGUUUACAAGUUACAUAUUAUCAUAAAAAAGCUGAGUUUAUCUUGACCUGAAGCCCUGCUUGGGAGAACAGUUACAGUAAACAAGACGUCAAGUGAUUACAUGUUCAAAACAUCUUUCCAACUAUCUCUUAAUCUAAUUCUAUUAAAAACAAAUCAUCAUCAAGGACAUUGCGACACAUUCGUUUGGCCUCCAAACCUUUGCGAUGAAAUCCGCCAAGAUUGGUCAGUUGACGCCCAUUUCCGAUCGAUUGUUACCAACUGAUCGAUCAGACCCCCACAAAGCGCUGUCGCAGCCCCCUGGUGGCGUACAGCAAGCCUGGUUGUGUCGCGGUGACCAAAUUCUGGUGGAAGAUGGCGGGGGAGAGUACAAUUGUCUUGGCGUUUGUCACAAAGUGAACUCUCCUGACAAUGAGAUAGGUACACGCGGUGGACAUGAGAAGCAAGGUGGAUAUUCUCGAUUAGAUAGUCAAUGUGGACAUGAUAGACUAAAUACUCAAUGUGGACAUGAUAGGCAGCUUCUCAACGAGACAGACAUACAUACAAAGCUCAUUCAUGAUGACAUCAAUGAUGACAAUGUACAUCUCUUUAAAAGAUGUGAUACAAACACUCUCAGCCAUCAAGAUGAACAUGUUGAAAACGAGAAAUAUAAAACUAUAAACAUAGAAGACUAUAAACUGAUACAAGCAAAACUUGAUCCAAAAUUAUCAGAAUCUGAUUCAGUAGGCAUCAAAGAAAGGGAUUUGAUUACAAAUGUAUCUAAAAUAAAUACAAACUUAGCUACCAAUGCUGAGCUUUCAAAAGAUAAUAAUACUGACAAAGUUUCAAAUAUUCAUUCAGAUAUUUUGAAGGAUAUCAGUUUAGAAAUUACCCAUUCAGAGCUGGUGCAAGAUUUAAUUGCUGAAAUUACUCCACAGGCUACUUCAGAAUGUAACAGAGAGUUUGAUCUUAAGAGAAUAGUCGUUGCAAAACCGGACAGAGGCGUAUCCCCACAAAAUUUUAGCGACACUUGUUUCAAACCCGACUCUUUGAAUACAAGUUCCCCGCGAUAUCCAGAGCCAGGUUUUGAAACCAACAGUGAUCCGCAAUGUCCACCUCAGUCUCGACUGUGUGAAAGACAAUGUGCCUGCAAAGAAUCUUCUGUUCGCAACUCUGCUCCGCCUAGAACAAAUCAGAUUUACAUUGACAGCCAAAACGACAGAGCUCAUUUCAAGUUCGUCUCAGCACAAAGCUAUCAAGAAAACUCUCAGCGGCAUCGCAAUCGCCGUCCAUGUUCAUUCACAUCAUCUUUGUGUAAUACAAAUAUCGAAUCUAGCACAGAAUCUUCCGAGUUGGACAACUGGAGCCGGUUUAUACAUAGCAGACGAAAUGCCCAACAAUCGGGCCGUUUAGAACAGUUCAAGAUGUCUAGUCAGGAGAAAGUGUACAUCAACAAUUCUAGAGAUUCCAAAUCACCGUCCUCCAGCGAAGUCUCCGUGGCGUGCUCCUGUCACUCUAAGAGGAACGAGCAAAUCCUGUCAGUGUGUCGUCAAGAUCUUCACGACAAAAGAUUGUCUCAUCAGUACUUGAACAGUUCCAUCACUGGACACAAAUACCCAUUUAUUUUCUCCGACACAGGAGUUCUGGAUUCUCCAAACGUUCAUUCAGAAAUGAUAUUCAACGCAGCAAAAAGUAAAGAAAGACCUAAUCCGGAAAGUAUCCCGGGAGAACUAGCUCCACAUCCUAUACAUCAUUAUUACAAUAAAAGUUCCAUGUUUCAACCUGUUGUCAGGGAACAUAACUCAAGUUUUACAAGCAACAUGGGAGAGAAGAAGAAAAACAAAGAUUUUGAUUUAUCCAUUUUCAUUCCACUGGCACAAAUGAAGUGCCCUUUCAGCAAACUCUCUGACUCCUCUGAGCAACCUUUCAACAGGCAGCACUCCACUAAAUAUCAACAGUUCAGUAGCCAAGACAACUGGGAAGAGCACACGCUGCUACGAGCUCCAGAGGCCGUCAAUUAUCUUUUAGCUCAGCGUUUGGAGCCUGGAGUGUCCAGCUCGGUGUACACCUCUUUCAGCCAAAGUACACUCAUCCAACAUCUAACUUGUGGUCAUAGGCGGAUUAGUUUUUCCCCCGUGUCGCUUCUGUGGGCGUUCCUUUCUGUCCUCGUGGCUGCUACUUGCCUGUUAAGUUUCCUGACGCCUUUCUGGGCAGUACAUCCUGACCACAUUCAUUCCUUUGGUCUCCUGAAUCUCUGCGUCAGAGAUCAACGGUUCUCACAUCCUAGGUCUAUCUGCGUUAACUUCGGUUAUCAACAGCUGUACUCUUAUCGUAACCUGAACAACGAAACGGAAAUUUUCCCCUACGUCGUGGACACGCCUCGCAUCGAUAUUACUAGAAUUCCUUCAGGGGCGUGGCAGGCAGCAUGCUUGCUGUUCGGUGCUGGGGUGAGUGUCCAGAUACUGGGUGCCGCUGUCUCCCUGGUGGUUCUGACUUUAUCUGAGCCUUGGCACCGUAGAGUCGCUAUGACUAAUGGAUACGUACAAACAGUUGGAGUCCUGCUGCUUCUCUCGGGACUUGUCCUCUACCCAAUUGGCUUCAGCUCUCCAUUCUUCUCUUACUUCUGCGACUCAACACGAGCAUUUCGAACUGGCCACUGCGCCAUGGGCUGGAGCUACAUCACCGCUGUCAUGGCCACCGCCCUGUCCAUCUUCUGUCCGGUCAUCUCAAAUUUCGCCGAGGCUCAGAUGAACAAGGAGAAACCUGUUGCACGUCUGCUGGAGACCGCCAGACUGCGUGUAUAGCUAGACUUGCCGCCCGGCGGACACCAUCGAACCGCCAGUAUAACUAGACUUGCCGCUGGACUUGGGGCUGAACAGGAUACGACGUCCGCCAGAAUGAGAUCUCACCCCCCGCCCCUCCUGUCCACCUCACUUGUCCCUGGACGUCAAUAUGAUGAGGUCUGUGUUGGCGUCAAAUCAAUAACAUGUCGAGUUAUUAUUUUUCCUAAUGACUUGAACAUCACCCUCGUGUGACUUCCUUCUGGCUCUUGAGGAAAUAGCUACUUAACCAGUUAGCCAGUAGGAGCACAUCUUAGCCGCUCAAUGAUGAAAGCGAAUCUUUUGAAAGGAUUCUUACGAUCCGAUCACGUCGAAAAAUUCAAUGUGACACUUCAAUCGCGUUAUAUAUGCAGUAAGUUUUGCAUGACCUAAGUGACGUUACAAAAGCAUUGUAUUGGUUAUGGUGUCCUUACCAAUUAAAUACCAACAAUAAAGAGUGCUUCGAUUGAAACACGUUGUAGGGAUUUGGUAAAGCCGCAAAUGGGACAAAAUAAAUACUAAGUAAAUGCCAUUACAAUUUUUAGUUUCAAAGAUCUUGAAAUUAUUUCGAUGUGACUAUGUAAUGCUUAGGAGGCGCGGUGGCUGAGCGGUAAAGCACUUGACUUCCGAACCGGGGUCCGGGGUUCGAAUCCUGGUGAAGACUGGGAUUUUUAAUUUCUGGAUCUUCGGGCGUCUCUGAGUCCACCCAGCUCUAAUGGGUACCUGACAUUAUUUGGGAAAAAGUAAAGGCGGUUGGUCGUUGUGCUAGCCGCAUGACACCCUCGUUAACUGUAGGCAACAGAAACAGAUAACCUUUAAAUCAUCUGCCCUAUUGACCACAAGAUCUGAAAGGGGAACUUUACUUUUAUGUAACACUUAAGUAUUUAAUAGCGUUUUUUUCAUGGACAAUAACUGUUUUGCUUUGUGUCGCUUUAUGAGAAUGCAGGCCCCUUUGAAUUGUGAUACUUCUAAUAAUGAAACUUACAAGUUAUCUCUUUGGAUUUACUUAUUUAUGUACAGAAACUAAAUGAUGAUCCCAUUUUCUUUAAAGCAGAGUGACCUUUAGGGUUUGAGUUAAAUUUCUUGGCCAUUUUACUUUAGCUCUUUUUUAUAUGUAAAAUAUAUUUGUACAGUGGCAAUCUGAAAGGUCAAUUAGCAGAGAUGCCUACAUGCUAAAAAUGAAAUGCGUAUUUUGAGGGACAAAUGCGUAUUUUCCUAAAUAUCAAGAAAUAUACUCAGGAAAGACUAAAAUUCAAUCCUUUAAGCACAUAACUAAGAUAACAUACAAGAAAGGCAGCUAUCCUAAAGUUUACACUGCAUAAAGUUAUACAAGACAUUUUGUACAAAUAUGUCAAACUAUUUCCACUUGUAGUCUUUGUCAUAGAUUUUUCUAGACUAUGUUAGAAUAAGAAUGUUCUUGUCAUUUGGCAAUGAUCUUAUGCCAAGUUUUAUCAAGAUUGAUCACUGUUUUGAUUUUUAUUCGGGACAUAUAUACAUGCAUACAUACACACACCUUACUUUCUGUUUCAUAUAUUAGAUACAUCUAAAUAUAUUCAAUGCUACGUUAGUUAUCUCUUUGUACAAAGCUUCUAUCCACUCACUCUGUCUGUAUGGUCACAAAUUUGUACACGCUAUUCCUCCCACACCCAACCUGGGAUUAAGCUAAAAUUACAUGACUGAUCCAAACUCAUUGAUACAAUUACACUUACUAUAAGGUGUUUUUUGUUUUGUUUUGAAGUAUAUGUUAUGUUUUUCUUGUUUACAUUCAAUUUGGACUAGAAAUAAAUAAUGUUAGUUGACAGAAGCUCUUGAGAGGAUUAUCCUUUAUUAUUUUAAUUUGUACAAUUAAUUCCCCAGCCAUUUGUACAAUCACAAUAAUCUCAGUCACGAGAAAAUAGUGGCAGUACAGAGAAGCCACCAUCGCUCCAGUGCCAGUGUAUGUGGCUAUUUAAAUUUGUGAUUUCAAAGUCUGUGUUACUUAUUUCCUCAAAACGAGGCUAGGUUAAUCUGACUUUUUGAGGUUUACGUCACGUGUGAUCUAAUUUAUUUAUUUUUUUUUUUGGUCAUAAGAUUCUGUUUUAUGUCAAGUAUUUAGAUAUUGCUUUGUGUUCAGAUGUGAUAUGCCAGUUUUCUGUGACAAUGCCAAUCAAAUGUAUUACAUUUUAGUUUUCUUGUACAUAACCCCAGUUUACCUGAAUGUGUCAGACCUAGCAGCCCAAUGAAGCGGUCAAGAAAAAUUCAAUGAAUAAUUUGGCGUCUAACUACUUUGUGGCUCUUACCAACACAAGGCCUCUAUUUAUCUGGAACAACAUGCCCGGCGUCAAGUUAUUUGGUGAAAUAAAAGAUAAAAUAUCGUUUCAAGGAUAAAUAGUUGAUGUCAUAAAAAGAGAAAGAUAAAACUUGUAUAUACUUUGUGAGAUCCGUAUGGGAAGUUGUGUGUUUCAUCUGGGUGCAGUUCUUGGGUUCAAGUCCAGUGUGAUGUCAUUUUCAAUACUGACUUGGUUGUUGGUGGUUUUACAUGCUUAAGAUGUUCCUUCAGAUUGAAAGAUAAUUUCAUCCUAGCCAAAACCCCCCGGAGGACGACUAAGGAAGGCAGUGGGCAGGAGAUGAACACGUGACCAUCGAGACCUUCCGAACGACAGUCCAGCGCGCAUAACCUGGCAGCCAGGUUUUAAAACUUAUUCAGCAAAGGUUUUUUUUUUUUUUAUCUUUCAAGGACAGUCGUGAUGAAAGUUACAAAGAAUUUAGUUAGAACUGAGUUUUAAUGACUACAAUUGAGAGCUGGGAUUGUGAGAGCUGGGAUUGUGAGAGCUGUGAUUGUGAGAGCUGGGAUUGUGAGAGCUGGGAUUGUGAGAGCUGGGAUUGUGAGAGCUGGGAUUGUGAGAGCUGGGAUUGUGAGAGAUGGGAUUGUGAGAGCUGGGAUUGUGAGAGCUGGGAUUGUGAGAGCUAGUCAUUCUUCCCAAAGGAACAAAAAACGUUUAGAAUGAUCGAGUCAUGUUUUUUUGUUUGUUUAAUGAUCAAGUCAUGUUUUUUUGUUUGUUUAAUGAUCGAGUCAUGUUUUUUUGUUUGUUUAAUGAUCGAGUCAUGUUUUUUUGUUUGUUUAAUGAUCGAGUCAUGUUUUUUUGUUUGUUUAAUGAUUGAGUCAUGUUUUUUGUUUGUUUAAUGAUUGAGUCAUGUUUUUUUUUUUUGCUUAAUGACUGAAGCAACUGUCAUGUGAUCUAUUCGGUUUGUAUCCCAAUUUUAAUGUGUCAUUCACUGAUUAUCUAUUGCUAUUUUAUAAUUAUUUUUGUGGGACAUGCUAUCGUUUGAACCAAGACUCAAUGUUAUGUAUCUUUAUAUUGUGUAUUCUAGUGUAAGUUAUUGUCAUACUGUUGUUUUUCUAUUUUACAUUAUACAUAAAUUUAAAAAAUGAUGAAUCUGAAUCAAAGUGUGACUUGUAUGGAUAUUAUAUUCAUGUGGGCAUUCAAAUAAAUUGUGAUUGAAAGUUG